UCUCGGUUGCCGUUGGUUAAACUGUCCUGCCAAUCAAUCAGCGCCGGUUUGGUUGGCUCUCUCUCCUUCCCUUUCUCUCUGUCUCGCGGCGGUGGGUUGGAGCCGCUGUCCCUGGUCUGGCACGUUCCCUAUUAAAUUUAUCUGUUUAAAUUGGAUUCCCCUCUUUUCUAAAUUUCAAAUUUGAAAAACAAUUCGGAACCCAUAUAUAAGGGCGUUAUUCUUUUUUUUUUUUUGGUCGUUUGUGAAUUUACCUCUCAUCUGUAAGAUGGCGGUGAUGAGGGGGGUGUCCGUGCCGGCAGUUGCCCGGCUCGAGGGCCGUGAGUUCGAAUACCUUAUGAAGAAACGCUCGGUGACCAUCGGGCGGAAUUCAUCGCAGGGCUCUGUGGACGUAAGCAUGGGUCACUCGAGCUUCAUCUCCCGCCGGCAUUUAGAAAUCUUCACAGCCGGGGAGGACGGGGCCGGCGGUGGCGACUUCUACCUGCGAUGCCUCGGCAAAAACGGGGUGUUCGUGGAUGGGGUGUUUCAGAGACGGGGGGCUCCGCCGCUGCAGCUGCCCAGGCUGUGUACCUUCAGGUUUCCAAGUACAAAUAUCAAGAUCACAUUUACAGCCCUAUCAAGCGACAAGAAGGAAAAACGGGAGGCGCCAGAGUCACCAAUAAAGCCAGUGCAGCCCCAGAUCUCGCCCUUAACAAUAAACAUUCCAGACAACAUAGCACAUUUAAUGAGUCCGCUACCUUCCCCAACAGGAACUAUCAGUGCUGCAAACUCUUGCCCAUCAAGUCCGCGAGGAGCUGGGUCAUCGGGGUACAGAGUGGGUCGUGUUAUUCCAUCCGACCUACAGCUAAUGGGUGACAACUCGCAGUCAGAAAAUGACAAGGAAGCAUCUGGGGGAGAUAGCCCAAAGGAUGAUUCAAAGCCACCAUACUCUUAUGCACAACUAAUAGUACAAGCUAUUACAAUGGCACAGGAUAAGCAGCUUACACUAAAUGGAAUUUACACACACAUCACCAAAAAUUACCCGUACUACAGGACAGCAGACAAAGGCUGGCAGAAUUCGAUUCGUCACAAUCUUUCUCUGAAUCGUUACUUUAUUAAAGUACCCCGCUCGCAAGAAGAACCAGGAAAGGGUUCAUUUUGGAGGAUAGAUCCUGCUUCAGAGGGCAAACUGAUAGAGCAGGCCUUUAGGAAACGAAGGCCAAGGGGAGUACCCUGUUUUCGAACUCCUUUAGGACCUCUCUCAUCUAGAAGUGCUCCAGCCUCUCCAAAUCACUCUGGAGUGUUAUCUGCUCACUCUAGUGGUGUGCAGACCCCAGAGAGCCUCUCUCGAGAAGGUUCCCCUGUCCCAAUGGAACCGGAGCCCGCCGCUGCAGUGCAGGCUAAAUUAGCAGUAAUACAGGAAGCACGGUUUGCUCAGAGUGCACCUGGUAAGAGUCAAGUCACUCACAACAGAAAUAUUACAUUACCCUUAGGAAUAACAGGUUCCCCUUUAAAUAGCCAGCCAGUCUUAAUAACAGUCCAACGGCAAUUACCACAGACCAUUAAACCUGUCACAUACACUGUUGCCACCCCAGUGACAACAUCAACAUCCCAGCAACCAGUUAUGCAAACAGUUCACCUUGUCCACCAGUUACCAGCUGUGUCGGUUACUAGUGUUGCCGGAUUAGCACCAGCAAAUACAUACACAGUGGCAGGCCAGACAAUGGUCGCUCAGGCAGCAUUGUUUAAGCCUAAAGUGGAACCGCAAGAAAAUGGAGUGCACAAAGAAGUAAAAGUGAAAGUAGAACCUGUUCCUGCCAUUGCCCACGCUACUAUGGGAGUUCCAAGUCAUGUCAUUCAGACCUCUCAAGCAACACCUUUACAAACGGUUACAAUUGUGCAACAAGCCCCUCUUGGACAGCACCAGCUACCAAUCAAAGCAAUCACACAGAACGGAACCCAUGUAGUCCCUAUCACCACAGCCAUACAGGGACAUGUCAACACAGCUGUUGCAAGCCCACUACACAUGUUGGCAACCCAUGCCUCUGCAUCAGCCUCUCUUCCAACUAAACGGCAAAAUGGCGAUCAGGCAGAACAACCAGAACUUAAACGUAUCAAAGCAGAAGGAGAAAGCAUAGUCAUUGCAGUAAACAUAGACACUCCCACUGUAAGUGAACAAGGCAGCCAGAACUGAAGACUUUGAGGUAUUACUGUUUUUUUUUAUAUCGACUCCAAGGUGCCAAAAGGAGAAGAUUUAACGUAACCAUCUUUGAACUUUGGAAUGUGUUACCACCCUAUGGGUACAAAAAAAGAAAAAUGGGGGAGGUGCCCUGUGGGAAGAAACUGUAAUUUGCAGCACAGGAAGCCUUAAAAACACAGGACUAACUUAGGAGUGAAGAUCAAACUGACUGAACAUUGUGGCCCAGCUUAAGAGGCUGUAUUGUACCUCCUGCUCAACUACCUCAGUGUACACUGGGAAAUGGAGAGAUAAGGAGGACUGCAACUCAAAAAUGAAUGACACUUGUCUGAGGUUCUCAUUUAACUGUGUGAAUGGACUGACUACACACCAGUGUAACAGAGCAUGAAAAGCGCUUAGUGUAAACCAGAGUUUAAACAAUAGUGUAUUCCAUAAAGGGAACAAAUGCGUGGAGCCAUUUCCUAUAUAUCGGCAGCUAGCCUUUCAUAUUGACCUACCUAAUGCAGUUGUUGGUAGAUAUCCAGUAUUUUGUUGUUCAUAUGUGGAAACUAGGAUCUUUUUGGGUGUUUUUUUUAAUUUCUGUAGGCAAAAACAAUGGGGUCACCAACAUUUCAAAUCACUCCAUUUGUACUUUGGAAUCACAAGCUUUUUUUUGUAUGUGGGAUUUUUAUGUUCAGUAAAAAUGAAUGUAGUAACUUCUAUUUUUACCUUUUUUAUUUUUAAACUAUCAAUGGGAGUGGAUUACUUUUGUCUAUUCUGUUAAAUCCAAAUUUAGCUGUGUUAUUACACCUACAGAUUUGCAUAUUUUAACAGAUAACUGAUAAAAAUGAUUCUUAAUUUUGUUUCCAUGUGUAGUGAUCAGAUGCUUCAUCAAGCUUGCAUGCAACCAAUUUAGAGAAAAUGUAACUGAGCCGUAAACUGAAAAAAGAACUGCUAUGAGUAUGACCAGAGCUGCACUUGAAUAACUGUUUCCCAUUUUUUCCUCUCUUGCUAUGUUCAGCUGUGUGUUACUUUGUGUUGGCAUUGGCAGUCCCUUGCUUGAUUUAUUUUCUUACGUUCAAGCUACAGAAAAGUCUGUUCCGAUUGUAUUUGUUCCGAGCAAAAAUAAGUGAUAGAUGUUUGUUCUGCUUCAGUGGGUAAUUUUUUUUUUUUGGUUUUUAUAUAUAUAUAUAUAUAUAUAUAUAAAUUAAUUUAAAAACCGUAUCUGAGAAUGUGUGUCUGUAAAGUUGGGCUAUUGUCAGUCCUUAUUUACUUGACUCAAAACAGAACCUGUGGAAAGGAAAUAUGUAGAAUAAAUUCCUAUGAGAAGCUAAAUGUAAGAAUACUCUGCACAAAUCAACCUGGUGAGGAUAACUGAAUAUGUGUUAUGCUAAUUUUUCAGGUUUUAUUAGUUUUAAAACAUGUUGAUAUUUAAAAAUGUACCAAUUAUGAUUUAAAACCUGGCAUAGAAAUAAAAUGUUUGAUGCUCUUGGUACGGUUCAAACCAUUUUAUACAUUGAGCAGUUCUCUAGUUUAUUGUUUGAUACUGGUUCAGUUUGCCUCUUCAGGUUGAAUGCACAAUUCCAAUGGAUGAAGACCCUUCAGUGUGUGUUACACAUUUAUAAAGCAUCUAUGCUUGCUUUAGUCAAUCAGUACACAAAUAAAGGCUGUUCAACAUAAA